AUGAGAAAUCACAUAAUGGUGACUGAAUUCAUCCUUCUGGGAAUCCCUGAGACAGAGAGCCUAGAGACAGCCCUUUUAUUCCUGUUCUCCUCAUUUUAUUUAUGCACCCUCUUGGGAAACGUGCUUAUUCUUACAGCUAUCAUCUCUUCCACUCGACUUCACACUCCUAUGUUUUUCUUGGGAAACCUCUCCAUCUUUGACCUGGGUUUCUCUUCGACAACUGCCCCCAAGAUGCUGUUCUACCUUUCAGGGAACAGCCAUGCUAUCUCAUAUGCAGGCUGCGUGUCCCAGCUUUUCUUCUACCAUUUCCUAGGCUGUACUGAGUGUCUCCUCUACACAGUGAUGGCCUGUGACUGCUCUGUUGCCAUAUGUUUUCCUUUGAGAUACACGGUCAUCACGAACCACAGGGUGUGCUUUAUGUUGGCCACAGGGGCCUGGAUGGGUGGCUGUGUCCAUGCCAUGAUCCUAACGUCCCUCACCUUCCAGUUACCUUACUGUGGCUCUAACAAGGUGGGCUAUUACUUCUGUGAUAUUCCUUCAGUGUUACCCCUAGCCUGUAAGGACACAUCCUUAGCCCAGAGGGUAGGUUUUACAAAUGUUGGUCUUUUGUCUCUCAUUUGCUUUUUUCUCUUCCUUGUUUCCUAUACUUGCAUUGGGAUUUCCAUAUCAAAAAUCCGCUCAGCAGAGGGCAGGCAGCGAGCCUUCUCCACCUGCAGCGCUCACCUCACUGCAAUCCUUUGUGCUUAUGUGCCAGUCAUCAUUAUCUAUCUACAACCCUAUCCCAGUGCCUUGCUUGGUGCCAUAAUUCAGAUAUUGAAUAAUCUGGUAACCCCAAUGUUGAAUCCACUAAUCUAUAGCCUUAGGAAUAAGGAUGUAAAAUCAGCCCUGAGGAAUAUUCAGGCAAUAACGACAGUCAAGCAAAUAACAGGAUUUAUUUGUUUUAAGAAGAGACACGGUAUUAUAGAGAGAUCACCAACAUUUUUCAAGACAGGAGAUGCAAGUUCCCUGGACCCAAAUCUCACCAUUGAACACAGGGCUGUUCAUGAGAAUGGAGGAAUGAAUAAGUUUACAUUAGAGUGUCUGGAAACAUCAUUCACUCCCCUCAGACUGUACAUUAGAAUAGAAGGCUUGACCAUUCCUUUAGGAUCUUCGAGUACAGAGGUGAAUAAAAUGAACACGGGCCCUACCUUUAAGAAACUUACAUCAAAGGAAGAAGGGAGCCUUCAACAGCCAAGCAGGGCAUCCUGCUGGCUGAUUCCCGCAGCUCUCCCUGGGUUGCCUGGCAACAAGCUGGCUGAAGUCAGAGUCGUGCUUUUCCCCCAGCAGUGGAGAAGGCAAUCUGAGAUGCUGCUGGUUCCAAGGCUUUAG